UUUAGGUUUUCUUUAUAAAAAUAUUUAAAGAUUGAUGCGUGAAAUAAAUACCACAACGAGGCCUGUUAAAACAACCCGGCAACUAUACUCCAGUAAAAAUUAAACAAACACCCAAACAAUCCGCCCGGACGGUGGUCUUCUUCGCGACGCUCUCCCACCCCUGCUCCUGCCCACACUCGGAGAGUGUCCGCUGCAAAGCGAGCGCGAGUGGAGACGCGUGCGGCGCGCUAAACCGCUUGGUGCUCGCCCGCGCCAGCCCGGGUCCUCCUUGGGGUGGGGGGGAAGUCUCCCUAAUCCUCCUCCCCCAACCCCCACCUCCGCCCCUGAAAAAAACAAAACCCUUGGCUUGAACGCUUUGUGCGCCUCUUAUUUCCAAUCUCCUCUCCCCUUGGGGUUUGCCGAGGGGAGCCGAGUGCGGAAAAGAACUCGGGAAAAGAGUUAAGUUGUGCGGCAACUUGGAGAAGUUUCCAGGGAGAUCAGCUCAAGAUGGGAACUGCAGCCCCGGCGCUAAGGACGGGCUUCUGCUCCCGCGUGUAAAAAGAGAAAGUCGAGCCCGCCUUUCUGCCCGACAAAAAAACAACAACACAACAACCAGAACCCCGAAGAGGGUGGAAUGAGUGAUGUCACAGAGCCGCGCUCGCAGGCUGACAAAAGGGGGGCGCCCCUCCCCCCCUGCGGGGCGCGCGGCCCCAGAGAAGGGCGCCUGCAGCGAGGGGUAGCCAAGCGAGCGGACUCGAAACUUUUCCUCUUUAAGAAAAAAAAAGUGCGCGGCUCUCAGUGGGUUUUUUUUUUUAAUUCGCCUUCUUUCCUCGUCUCCCCUCCCCCUUCUUCCUUUCGAAAGUUUCUUUUUUUUUUUUUUUUUUUUCCCAGAGUUUGACCGCAGGGCUGAUUCAACUUCAGUGUCAAUCAACUUUUUUUCCUCCUCUUCCUCAUUUAAAUAAGUUUAAAGCUCCUCCUCCCCCUCCGGCCCACCAAAUCUGAAACUUAUAUAAAUUGGGCUUCGCGCGCCGCAGCCCGGGAGAGUCAGAAAGGCGAGGGGCGCCGGGAGCAGGCGUGUGGGACUCCAGACCGGAGAGCCGGAGGCUGCGCCUUCCCCGCACCGGGACCUUCACGGCACACCAGAUCCUUGUCCCUGCCCCUUGCGAGCGCCCAGGAUGACCACCACCCUCGUGUCUGCCACCAUCUUCGACUUGAGCGAAGUUUUAUGCAAGGGUAACAAGAUGCUCAACUACAGUCCUCCCGGUGCCGGGGGCUGCCUGCUGGACAGGAAGGCGGUGGGCACCCCUGCCGGUGGGGGCUUCCCCCGAAGGCACUCGGUCACCCUGCCCAGCUCCAAGUUCCACCAGAACCAGCUCCUCAGCAGCCUCAAGGGCGAGCCAGCUCCAGCUCUGAGCUCUCGGGACAGCCGCUUCCGAGACCGCUCCUUCUCAGAAGGGGGCGAGCGGCUGCUGCCCACCCAGAAGCAGCCGGGGAGCGGCCAGGUCAACUCCAGCCGCUACAAGACGGAGCUGUGCCGUCCCUUCGAGGAGAACGGAGCCUGUAAGUACGGCGACAAGUGCCAGUUCGCGCACGGCAUCCACGAGCUCCGAAGCCUGACCCGCCACCCCAAGUACAAGACGGAGCUGUGCCGUACCUUCCACACCAUCGGCUUCUGCCCGUAUGGGCCCCGCUGCCACUUCAUCCACAACGCUGAGGAGCGCCGUGCCCUGGCCGGGGCCCGGGACCUCUCUGCUGACCGUCCCCGCCUCCAGCAUAGCUUUAGCUUUGCUGGGUUUCCCAGUGCCGCUGCCACCGCCGCUGCCACGGGGCUGCUGGACAGCCCCACGUCCAUCACCCCACCCCCCAUCCUGAGCGCCGAUGACCUCCUGGGCUCGCCCACCCUGCCCGAUGGCACCAAUAACCCCUUCGCCUUCUCCAGUCAGGAGCUGGCGAGCCUCUUUGCCCCUAGCAUGGGGCUGCCCGGGGGUGGCUCCCCAACCACCUUCCUCUUUCGGCCCAUGUCUGAGUCCCCUCACAUGUUUGACUCUCCCCCCAGCCCUCAGGAUUCUCUCUCGGACCAGGAGGGCUACCUGAGCAGCUCCAGCAGCAGCCACAGUGGCUCAGACUCCCCCACUUUGGACAACUCAAGACGCCUGCCCAUUUUCAGCAGACUUUCCAUCUCAGAUGACUAAACCAGGGUAGAGAGGGCCGCCCCCCCACCUAUCCACCCCCCGCCCCGACCCCGCACCCACAUCCCCUACCCUUCCCUCCCUACCCAUCGAUUCCUGACAAACCCCUACAUUAACAAGGUUAAGCUCAACCCCUUUCCCCCAGGACCUUGGAAUACCCCCUCCCUCCCCCCUCUUUAAAUGCCCCUCCCCCCCAACAUAAGGACAAGUCAAUUUGUCAAUAGCUUCUUCUGGCUAGAACCCCCCCCACCUCAAUUUUAUAGCCCACUUACCAUGCAUAACAGACAAGUCCCAUAUUUGUCAGUAGAUGCGUUUUUUUUCCAGCUUAAGCCUUAAGUGCCAAAUCACAAAAGAAAAAGCAGUAACGGUUUACAGAAGCAACUUAGUGCCUUGUGAUCUAACUUUGUCACUGUGACUACAUUACCUCUUCAGCGCCAGAGGGCACCCGUGGGCCUCCCUGAGCCUCUGCCCAGGGGGAGGGGGAGGGGGAGGGGGGACUUAGAAGAACCAGCAGCUCCCUCCACUGGCAACACAACUGCACCUUUCCUGAUUCCAGUCUCCCACACACUUCCUUCUCCCCUCUCCCCAGUAACCCCCGCCCCCCGCCCCCGCCUUGGGAGAGUUGUUGCCAGACUUGGGUUUUUGGGGAAACCUAGCUUGACAUUCAAAACCUUUUUCUUCCCGACCUGAACCUCUGUUGACUAAUCUUGCCUGGGUUCGUGUAGGUCUGCAGGAAGGAAGACUGCAAAAGCGGAUGAAGAUUGUGACAUAAGUGGGACUUUGUGAUUUAAUUUUUUUUCUUUUGUUUUAAGUGGGGAGGAAGGGGAAGCUAGAUGGACUAUGAGAGACUUGAUUUUGGUGCUAAAGUUCCCCAGUUCGUAUGUGACAUCUUAAAAAAAAAACAACAAAAAAAUGAGAGAAAAGCUUAAAAACAUGUAAGGGGUGAGCAGUUAAUGGUAUUCAUUCCACAUACAAUAUCUGUGUAAAACGAUUUCCUGUAGAAGUAGCUUUAAUGGUUUUUGCUCUAGAAUACCGUAGGUCUAUCCUUAGAGCACUCACGCCAUGCUUUUUUCCCUGGGUUUUAAACUUCAUAUAACUUCAGAAAUUGGAGAGCAAAAAUUUUGCUUGUCACUGCACAUCAAUAUAAAAAAGCUUAUUUAACUUAUCAAAACGUAUUUAUUGCCAAACUAUGCUUUUUUUUGUUAAUUUUGUUCAUAUUUAUCGGGAUGACAAAUCCAUAGAAUAUAUUCUUUUAUGUUAAAUUAUGAUCUUCAUAUUAAUCUUAAAAUUUUGUGACGUGUCUUUUUCCUUUUUUUCCACAGUUUUAAUAUAUUAUUCUUCAACGACAUUUUUUGUAACUUUACACUUUUUUUGGUUAUUUUAUUUUAAAAAAAUGAAAAAUUAAUUUAAAAAAAUGCAAAAAACUGUUGGAUUAUUUAUUUUAGAAAUUUCCCCCCUUUGUGUUGGACUGCAAAUUGAGUUUCUUUCUCUUUUGGCCUUUCACAACUAGGACUGAGAAUGUAUGUAAAAGUUCUGUGACAGUACAGAAGGAAAACAACUUUUAAUGUAUAGCUUCUAAAAGGGAAAAAAAAAAAAGAAACCCUUUGACUUCACGUGCCCAUCUCUAGACAUUCCGAUUGCAGAUUUGACGUUCUGGAUUCCAGGUUUUAGAGUUUUCCAAUGUUAAUGCAAACAGAACUGGCACACACACAUUAAGAUGAAUGUAAUUAUUAUUCCUCUUGCUGGUCACUACCGUCGCUUUCUAUUUCUCUUUCUUUGUGUGAAUUUAUUUAAAAGAAAAAAAAACUUUUUGUAACGACUAUUUGCAGUUUAAAAAUCAAUAAACCCAUUUUUUCAAGAAA